CUUUUUUCGUCUGAGAAAAAUGAAACAUGUCUUUUUUCGUCUGCGAGAAAAGACAACAGAUUUACAAUCGCCCGCGUGCUGUCACCAGCAUCUCUACUUUGAAUCUUCAGUGAUGCGCACCAGGAUGCUGCGAAAGCUCCUCUUUCUAUCUUGUUGGCCCACACUUUGGUGGGACCCAUCUGCCCCAGGAACUUCGCCAACGGUCGGCCUCCGUGUUGUCACCGCAGAAAACACUAAGCCGGGUGGACCAAAAGACAGCAGAAGCGGGACCACCGACCGCGUUGACACGCGCCCCCCUCCCGGACUGGAGAAGGAAGAAGACGUGGAGGAGAAGUAUUAGCCUUAUUGUCUUUCAAGUUGCACCUUUCGUGUUUGCUGUUGCUCGAUUGCGAUCACUUGCUCCAUUCUUUUACGUCAUAAUAUUUUUGAAAAACUCUACUGGUACUUACAACUGCAACAAAAAAAACAACAGCGUUUUGCUCUCCAGCCAUCAUUCUGGACCGGAGGAAUCGCACGCCAAACAACAACCUCUGGCCACGCGUAGUACUCAGCAAACGCAGCAAAACGCAGCAGGACGCAGCAAAAAAAAACCAAGUAGAAGAGCAGAAACAAGACG